AGUUCAGUGGCAUCGCAACUUUUGGCCGAAUCGGACGUAACGCUUCAUAUCGUCGCUUUAUCUUAGGACCUGUGGCUUUCGCGUGUGUUACCAGUAUCUGUAUUUUGGUUUUACAGUUACUAACGAGUUAUGUGCGCUUGAAUGCCAAAUUUAAUUGCCGCUCUUUGCAUGUUCGUCAGCAACAAUUUGAAAACGUUUUCGUGAAGCGAUUAGGAAACUACUUUCGUUUUCCCCCCCAACUUUCCAUUUUCUUGCUCGUCGGCUUGCCAUUGAAAAUAGUUUCAAAACCCAGGUGCUAACAAACCAAAGCAGAGAUCAUACAUUUGAAAGAAAAAAAUCACGAAAGUUUAAAGUUGUGAAACGCGUGUGAAUUGAUACAGUUUUAUAUUAUGGCUCUCAUUGACACCGCCUGGCGUUGUCGCCUCAUGAUCUUCUUUAUCGUCUCGCUGCUUCUUGUGGGCGAUCUUUUUGGAUACGGCGGCGGCAUGAAGUCCAACCACCCCAAUCCGCACUCGGUGCCAUCGGCGGGCGGAGCGGUGCCGGGAGGUGCCCCAACGGGUCCGGCGGCUGCAGCGGCCAGCAAGUUCCAGACCAAAAAUGCCGAAAUCGACAUAACUGAAGAGCACGAUUUCAAUGAACUCUCAGCAGCAGCUCAAUCCCUCAAGCCUGGAAUGGCAGUGGUUACUGGGGCUAGUCUGAAGACCAAGUCCCAACUCACGGACACCAUCAAGGAAUCAUGUCUGCCCAAGAUGCUCUGCGAACUGGCCUCCAAGCCGGAUUACCAGCUCAGCGAAAAGGAGCGGGAACUGCUAAGACUGAUCAGAUCUCCAACAAUGCCCUGGAUUAUGAACAUGCCGCCCAGCAAAUGGUAUUUCGCGGCCCACAUGGGCGAACUCAUGCGUCACACUGGCGACAAUCUCAGCGGACCGAUGGGAUGCGCCAAUCUCUGGCCAAAUUGCCCGAUCAGCUCCAAGAAGCUGAUGAAGCUCAGCUACAAAGUGAGGGUCUAGCCACUGGAUCCGCACCUUAAGUAUUAGAAUGUAGGAGGCCCCCUUAUCUUUUGUACCAUAUGUCUUCACCGUUCGAUAAGCUUACCUUGUAAAUUAUCUUGUAAAUUAGACCUAAGUCCCGACUUGACUGAAGUGACUGUAGAACUGUAACCUCUUGUAUCUGUAUCUUCUGGGCUACAAGACCUAUGUAGCUUGUAAUUACACAUAGUACAUGUGACUAGUCACGAUCCGAUUUAGCGUUACGCCUAGUCGUUAGUUGGAUGCUCCUGUAAUUGUUAAUAAAUUACACUCUGGUGUCCAAACUCCCCAA